AUGCAUCUGGAAGAGCACUAUCACAGUAAAUCCAAAUUAAUAGUAAAUGAAAAUAAUGAACAGGAAUUAGCAGAUUUCUUGCAAAAUUCACAUACAUUGUUACUGCAAGGGAUUGCAGAUGGAAAUACUUUGGUAUUUAAUACAAAGAUAUGUAUUACCAAAAAUAAGUCUGUAAUUUUCUAUAAAACAUAUCCACAAGAUUUGCUGCAUGAGGAAUCCAUAAAAUAUAUCAACAUUUUAACAUUAACAAACAAUGUUCCUGAAUCAUUGUAUCACAUCUUACAACAAGUUUCACCAUUAUUAAAUCUAGAAAAUGACCUUUAUUCUAAUAAACUAAAAAAGGUACUCUUAGAGCUGGAGUUUAAUCUGCGGCAACUUUCUUAUGGGAAAAAUGACAAAACACUGAACUUCAUCGUGUCUAUUGAGGAUGAAGUGGAAUACUGGAAUAUGCUUGCUCGUAAGGAAGGUAGUUCAAAGAAGGAAAAAGAGUCUGCAUCGACUAUUUGUGAGUUCUUUGAGGACAUUUCAGAGGAAUUAAGGUCAAUUCAAUCCAGCGCUACAACCGAAAUUCGUGAAAUCACAGAAAAUAUUGGUGGUUUAUUGGACGACGUGUGGCGCUUCACAACAUUACUCUACCCACAAGAUAGAAUGAUGCAUAUAUUUGAUGUUAUUGGUCACACACUUUGCACCACUAUUCAAAAGAGUUGCACCAAUCUUGAAUUAUGGAAAAUUCAGUGUGCAUCUAAAGAAAAUGAGAUCUUGAUACAUCUAUCAGAAAGUGUUAAAAUUAUACAAACCUGGAUUAGUGCAUGUCAAUCACUAACAGAAACUUAUUGGGCGAAUUAUGCACUUCAUACUUGGAGUGGAAAGGCUUACGUAUCACCAUUUUGUUUGAAUUUUCUGAAUAGACUUAAAGAGAUUUAUCAAGUACGAUCUACGUAUUCCCAAUUAAAUAAGCUUUUGACCAAUAAUGAGAAAAAUGAUCUCAAAACCCACAUAUUAUUUGAAUCAUUUGAAAGUGUCAAUGUCUGGUUAUGUAACGGUCCAAAUCAAGCUUGGGAAUCUGCUAUGGCAAAAUUUUCGGCAGCGUUGCGACCAGCUGAAUCCAAAAUAGCUGAAAAGUUGAAACCCAGGCUUCAUAAUACAUCGACUAAACAGAUGCUGUAUGAAUUUAUGCGUUAUAAGGCUUUGAUUGAAAGACCUCUUGUAAAACGCGCCCUGAACAAUGAAUUGGAUACAUUUGUUUCGUCGCUAUUCACUAUGCUGAAGACAAUACAAAGUCAACUAGACUCAGAUGAAACAGAUGUCAAAAUGUACCAGCCUCCCGAAAUGUCACCUAUCGUGCAAAAAGUCCAGUGGGCUAAACAGAUGGAGUCUAAAGUAAAAGAUAUUCAAGCAUGCGUUGAAAAUUAUCUAAAUGACUAUGAAAACAGUAUUGAAUUGUCUAAACUAUGUGUCCACGUGCUGAAAGACCUCAAAGAUUUGUAUACACAACUACACGAAGAAUGGUGCAGAGACUUACAGGCCCAAGUUAAGAGCGGGUCACUGCAGCUGUCACUGGACAAGCCGGUGGUAGAGUUUUGUAGUAGCAGUCGUCUCAUGGUCGUAAACUUCAACCCGCGGCUGGUGUGGGCGGAGCAAGAGGCUCGUGCGCUGGCUGCGUGCGGACUGCCGCCACCGCCCGCCGCCGCCGCUCUCGACGCGCUCGCAGCCGCCCUAGUACACGCACGCGCUCUCCAGCAGGUGGCAUCAUUCCACAAUACACUGGGCGAGCGCAUGAUUCCGUCGACGCGACCGAUGAUGUUGCAGGCUGCACUUGACUUAUCUGCACUCGUACAAGACCAAAAAUCUGUUUACUGGAAUGACGUCGAUCAGUUAGCAAGUUACACAGAUAAAUUAAAGAAAAUUGUCCUAAAACUCGAAUCGCAGAAUUCAUAUUUAACAAGUCAGCAUGUAGCUAUACGGAGCAUUAUCGAGAAGCUUCUAGAUACGGAACUUUUGUCGCAGCAAUCCGAAUGGAAGAAGUCUAUAAAGGACAUUAGAGACAUAAUAGACAAGGUUGAAUCUAACGGAUACAGGAAUACAGAACUGUGGAGAUCGCAUUGGGAUUGGCAACUGUACAAAGUGUUGGAGUGUCAGUACAUAAAGACAUUGCUUUCACUACAUAAACACUUCCCCCAAGUAAAAGUAGAUUUAGUACUGCGCGGUCACAAGGUGUGCGUGCAACCAGCGCUCGAGGAGGUACGCGUGCAGCACUACCACCAGUUGCGGAGGCUGGUCGCGUUGCCGCAACACUUUGUUGGCCUCAGCGACGAGAAACAUCUUCAACGACCUAUAUUUGCGGAUAUUGUAGACAAGCACGGGUGGCUGGGCGGGCGGGCGGCGCAGCGCGUGGAGGCGGCGCUGGCGGCGCUGGGCGGCGCGUGCGGGCGCUGGGCGCGGCGCGGCUCGCUCGCCUGCACGCCGCACCUGCACCAGCUGUGCGCGCGCCUCACGCGCCCCGAACACUUCGACGCCAACUUUAAGGCCUGCAAGGCCGCCGGACAGGCCGUCGCCAAGAUCGACUUUGAGGAUGAAAAAAUCGAGUGGAUAACAGUUGGAACAGCUACUCUCCGACGUGAACUCGAGGCCCAAGCGCGAAAUUUAUGGACAAUGCUUAUGUCGUCGCUCCAAACAAGUUGCCGCAAUGACAUUGAAACUGUAGACACUUUUAUCGCUGGUGCGAAGCUUGCUCUAGAUAAUAAAUACUUGCCCAAGAAUGCAAAGGAACUUGCCGAAAUAAGUGCUAAACAGCAAGCACUGCGGUCAAGUAUGCCAGAGAUGGAAAUUACAGUACAGGAAUUGAAACAUAAAGGGCACAUGCUGCGAACAUGGGGAGGAGAUGCAUCAGUUGAUGAAACUAUAAAAGAAUGGGCCAAGUUGAGAGACUUAAUACAGAGUCAACAACAGAUGUUUGAACAGCAGGCAGAGAUUGUGAAAUCGAGUUUGAAGGGCGAGUGGGAAAACCUGGAAGGUAGCGUGGAAGCGUGGGUGUCUCGGUGGCAGGCGACGACGGCGCGCUGGUCGGAGGGUGGCCUGGGGGGCGCGGGGAUCACGGGGGGCUCUGGGAUCGCGGGGGGCUCUGGGAUCGCGGGGGGCUCUGGGAUCGCGGGGGCCGCGGCUGCAGCCGAGAGGUGCGGCGACGUGUUCACAGCACGUGACCACUACAGCGCACUCUGCGACAACCGAGAUCGUUUACUCAAAGAAUGUGAAAAAUUCGAUAUGAAACUUGAACCAAGUAACGUUUGGGAUGAUGCUGAAAAACUUAUUCAAAAUCUUGUUGAAUUAUGGACUCCGCUGAAAGAAUACAAUGAAGAAUAUGAUUCGAUUGCUGAGCAGGAAUGGAUAGUGUUCCAGAAAAAGCUACACAUUUUAGAUGAGUUCGUGUCUAAUUGGAACGGACGUUUAGAGCCGUAUACGAUGAUCACUCUGUAUAUACAACAAGAACUAGAGAAGUAUUCCGAUCUAACGAUAUUGCUGAAAUAUCUACGGGGAAAUGACUUUACUGAGCAACACUGGCGCGAAGUUUACGGCCUACUGGACAUGGAGUACAAGAAACCCGACACCCUAAUAGUGAAGGAUUUCCUAAAUGUGGCAAACAACAUUAAAAAACAAAUAAAAGCUUUACAGAAAAUUAGUACGAGUGCUUCAAGCGAGGCGGCCAUCAGGAGCGCUCUCAACGAGUUAGAGUUGUGGUACGCUGGCGCCAAACUUGCUAUAAUAUACUACAGUGACAAAUCUAAACGACCCACGCCCAUUGUGAAGGACUUCAAAGAGAUACUUACCAAGGUGGAGGAACACCAGUGGGUGGUGUCGUCGGUGGGCACGUCUGCAAAUUCCGCGAGCUCGUCUUGGGAGGCUCGACUACGCGCUGCCCGUCAGCUGCUGCGUGCUGCGCAUCACGUACAACGCAGAUGGUUAUAUUUGGAGGCCAUUCUCUCAAACGACGAAGGUGAGCUAGGUGUCAAGUUUCGGAAGGUGGAUCAGGCAUUCAGACAAGUAUCUCGAAUCUUAGAGGCUGAUUCUCGCCUAUCCGUACUAAUGCAGUCAUCGAGGCUUCAGGCUAUGCUCGACUCUAUAUCAGAUCAACUACUCGUCUGUCAAUCAGCGCUGAACCAGUACAUAGAUGAGAAGCGUUCCAUAUUCCCGAGACUGUAUUUUUUGAGUGACGACGACCUACUCGAAUUAUUGGGUCAGGCGAGGGCUGGCGCGGAAGGUAGGGAGGCGGUGAUGCAGAAUCACCUCAAGAAGUUAUUUCCCGGCACCACAGGGGUGCGCCUGGGACCUGGUGGCAUGUCAAUCACGGCUCUAUGCAGUCAUCAUGAUGAAUAUUUGCAAUUGGAUCAUCCAGUCGAUAUAGAUUGCCCUGUAGAGGUAUGGUUAAAAAACCUUGAAACUGAGAUGCGCUCUUCCUUAAAAAGUAUGGCUCUAAAAUGCGUCGCGACAAAUUCCUUACAAGACCAAGAUCCAUUUUCGUUGCCAAUGCAAAUACUUUGCCUCGCUCAAAACCUACGGUUCACUGAGCAAGCAGAAAGGGCCAUAGCGUCGAAAGAAUUGCAUAAACUAAAAGAUGAUAUAGAAAAAGAGAAUGCGUAUUAUGCUGCCGCCGAAACAGAGGAUGAAUGCGAACGACAGAAGAGACAAGCUCUCAUACUACAAUGUGGUCAUUACGCAGAUAUUAUACAAACAUUGAUAGAAAAUAACGUGGUAUCCGCUAAUGACUGGGUAUGGCAGAAACAGCUGAGAUUUUAUUUGCUGAAUACCAAAGAAGUUGUAGCUAAAAUGGGCCUGGCAGAAAUUUCCUACUCAUACGAAUAUCUCGGCGUCAAUACUGGCCAGUUUGUACGGACGGAUAUCGCCGAUGAGUGCUUUUUGAUAUUAACGCAGUCACUCCAUCUUGGGUUGGUUGGUAAUCCUUUCGGUCCCGCCGGAACAGGCAAAACGGAGUCUGUCAAAGCACUCGGCGGUUUAGUUGGACGUUUAGUGCUGAUAUUCAACUGUGAUGAGGCAAUGGAUGCGGAAUGCAUGGGCCGCUUGUUGUCGGGGCUAGCCUUGAGCGGCUCAUGGGGUUGCUUCGACGAAUUCAACCGGUUGUCUGCUGAAACGCUUGCCGCCGUCGCCCACCAGCUCUCCUCGCUUCUGCCGGCCUUGCUACAACACCGCACCCCAUCAUCACCCACCAGCACAGAGAGCGUGCCUGUUGCAAUUCUCAACGGGAAAAAAGUGUCGGUGUCGGCGUGGUGCGGCGUAAUGGCGACGCUGAACCCGGCGGCGCGCGGGUACGGCGGACGUCGCGCGCUGCCCGCGGCCCUCGAGCGCGUGCUGCGGCCCGCCGCCGGCCGCGCGCCCCGCCCCGCGCCGCUCGCCGCGCGCCUGCUGGCCGCCGCCUGCGUGCCGCGCGCCGCCGGCCUCGCGCGCCGCCUGCACGACGUGUUCCACCUCGCGAGCACGCUGCUUAGUAACGAGCGGCACUACGACUGGGGCCUGCGGGCGCUGAAGGCGGCCGUGAGCAGCUGCAGCGCGGCGCUGGCGGUGCGGCCGGCCGCCGACCACGAGUGCGCGCUCCGCACCGUGCGCACCGUGCUCGCACUCAACAACAUCUCCAAGCUAACGCCGCAUGACGCGCGCAGAUUCGAGGAUAUUUUAUCUCUCGUUUUCGGUGACUCUCCGGAAGAAGAACGUGAAAAUCCAAUGAAAAGCGCACUAGAGAACAGUGUGCAAUCAUUAGGUCUCGUCGCUAAUGAACUGCAGUUACAAAAGUGUUCGGAGUUAUACGAGCAGUUGCAACAGCGAAUGGGCGUUGCGAUCGUGGGCCCGCCCGCCUCCGGUAAAACGACUGUCAGGCAAAUAUUGAAAGCUGCACUAAUACAGCAAGGCAAGACAAUCGUAGAGUAUGUGAUUUCUCCUAAGGCAAUGAGUCGUAAAUGGCUGCUUGGCCACAUAGAUCUUGACACUCGGCAGUGGACAGACGGAGUCAUAUCAUCGAUUGCCCAAGAAGUAUCAAAUCAACCACCCGGCGUGUGGUCGUGGGUGGUGUGCGACGGCGACGUGGAGCCGUCGUGGGUGGAGGCGCUGAACUCAGUGCUGGACGACAACCGGCUGCUGACGCUGCCCACGGGCGGGCGCCUGCACCUCGGCGCCGCCAACUUCAUCUUCGAGACGCACUCGCUGCGGCUCGCCUCGCCCGCCACGGUCUCGCGGCUCGGGAUCGUACUCUUCGGCGAUGAAAAUAUUUGCUCUAAAGAAGCACUGAGUUGCUCGAUUAAAGAAUUGCAAUUUGACAAUGAAACAACGAAGAUGGCGUUACCUCUACUUGAAGAUAUAAUAGAGAAAUGCCUACGCUGGCUUGAUGCGCACAGAAGUGAUAUUGUAAUAAAAAUCUCCAAUACAACAAUGAUCAAACAGAUUCUAACACAAUUUACGUACAUUGCCCAAAAUGUAAAUUCGAAUACGCCGCACGUUCCAGAAGACCUUGUCUAUUUAGCUAUACAACGUAGUCUUACGGGAUUAUUAAAGGAAAAUUCAAUGGACAACUUGUUUGAAGAGCUGCAGUCGCCGUUGCGGGUGGCACCGGUGGCGGAGGAGCCGUGGUGGGGCGGAGCAGCCACGUGGGAGCUGCACGUGUCUGCGCGCGUGGCCGCCCGCCACCACGUGCUGCGGGCCGCACUCGACGCCGCAUCCGCCCUGCACCCGCACCUACUCGUACUCGGACCAGACGCCUGCGCUAAAAAUUUACUCAUAGAUCACGUGCUGAAGGAAACUAAUACGACCGUCAUAACAAUUGACUGUACACCUAUAUUGGAACCAGUGCAUAUCAUUGAGGAACUAAAACGGAAUAAUGUAGUGCGAGCGGGUGCAGGUACUAGCGGACGAACUACCGGUGGAGAGAUGCGUGUUACUUUAGUAGUGCGAUCGCUGCAUCGCGCCCCAGUCGACAGUUGGGGUAGUUGUGCCGUACAACAGUUUCUUUUGCAGGUGGUGCAGCAGGGCGGGUUCUGGGCGGCGGGCGAGGAGGGCGAGGAGGGCGGCGCGUGGUGGGGGUGGGCGGCGCGCGCGCGCCUGCUGGCCGCCGCCCGCGCGCCGCUCGCCGACGCGCGCCUCGCGCUCGCACUCGCGCCCUGCCCUCUACCAGAACCUGAUGAUGAGGAGUUACUUGAACUAACAAAAAAUUCAUUGAGAAACUGUGUUGACAAGUACAUAUCCGAGAAUGAAGUCGUAGCCCUCGCAAAUGAUCUUGUUUCAAUAUUCAAAGAGGUAACGGAGUGCUUUCAAUCAAGAAUUCAUUACAAAUGGAACACAUCUCACCUAAUCACUUGGACUGAGAACGUCAAGUGGUAUUCACCGUCAAAUAUGGCAGAAAUUAUAAUGGCUUUAAGUACUGAAGCAGAUGCAAUAUUCAGAGAUAGAUUGGUGGCAAAUGUGGAGAAAGACCAAUUCACUACCAUAUGUAGGAAAUAUUUGAAGAGCAUGACUAAUGAUAAGCCAUACUUCACGGCUAAACUACGUGGCGAUGGCGUUUAUAUGGAAAUGGUGGAUAAAAAAGAAUGGUAUCAGAGGACACAGAAGCUUAUUAAUCAAUGUCUGACCGAUGACGAGAAUGCAUUUGGCGAGACUGGUAUAGAAGUUUGUUCUGAACUAUCUGUGCUAUGUCCAGCUAUAGCACGAGCGACGGGCGGCGGGCUGGUAGCGUGCGUGAGCGGCGCGGGCGCGGGCGCGGGCGCGGCCGCCGCGCUCGUAGCCGCCGCACUGCCCGCGACCGGUCACUGCGUGGACCACCACCACCAGUUCAACACUGUAUUCAAAAACGCAUUGUGUUCUGCGAGCGAGGGUCGCACGGUGCUGGUGGUGCGGGUGGGGAGCGAGGCAGGAGCAGAGGCGGAGGCGGAGGCGGAGGCGGAACUGGCGGCGGUGGAGACGCUGCGGCGUGCGCGCUCGCUGCUGGCGCUGCCGCCGCACCUGCGACCGCACCAGCUUCCCACCCACCAGUUGCAUGAUAUAAAACAAAACUUAGGCAUAGUGAUAUGUAUCGACAAGAAUCAAGAAAAUCUUUCUGAACUGUUAGAAAAAUACCCACUAUUGUACGAAGAGAGUCAUCUAAUAUGGAUUGAAAGUUGGUCAGCCGAGACCUUGCACGAAGUACCCCAGCUGAUUAUCAAUAGACUGAUAAAGGAGAGUUUAUCGCAAUCGAACAAAGAAGAAUCUGAACCAGUUCCUGUUGAUGGGUUCGUCAGUAUCUACUAUAGUAUUGAAUCCGAACUGAUGCGCGCGCCCUGCAGAUAUGUCAACUUUAUCAAAAGUUACUACCGCAUCUUGAGCAGGAAGAGAGAUGCUCUAUUGCAGAGGCAGGGGAUAUUACAGGCGGGCGUGGAGGCGCUACAGCGCGCGCGUAGUGCGGUGGAGACGCUGCAGCGCGCGGCGGCCGGCCAGCACCACGAGCUGCAGCAGCGCCGCGCCGCCGCCGCAGCCGCGCUCGACCAGAUCACCGCCACCGUCACCGCCACCACCGACAAGAAGGACGAGAUGGAAGCACUCAAGCGCACCAUACAGACGGAGAACGACAAUCUGCAGAUAAGGAAAAAAGAAAUAGAGGCAGAAUUAGCUUCUGUAGAGCCUGUUAUAGCAGCGGCUCGUGCAGCAGUUGGCGAUAUACGACCAGAAUCACUAAGCGAAAUUCGUUCACUGAGAGCGCCGCCUGACGUGGUGCGGGACGUUCUGGAAGGCGUAUUACGACUAAUGGGCAUCGCUGACACUUCAUGGCAUUCUAUGAAGAAUUUCCUAUCUAAACGAGGAGUUAAAGAAGAUAUCAGAUGCCUGGACGCGAGUCGGAUCGGGCCCGAGGCGCUGGGGUCGGUGCAGCGGCUGGUGGCGGCGCGCGGCGGCUCGUUCUCGGCGGCGGCGGCGCGGCGCGCGUCGGCCGCGUGCGCGCCGCUGGCCGCGUGGGUGCGCGCCAACCUCGACUACGGCGCCGCGCUCGCACGCGUCCGCCCGCUGCAGGACCAGCAGCGACACCUGCACAAGAACUUAGAAGACGCCGAGGCCCAACUGGCCGCGCUGUCGAGCGGGCUGGAGAGUGUGGAGUCGCGGGUGGCGGCCCUCAAGGAGCAGCUCGGGCAGCACACGCGCGACGCGGCCGCACUCGAGCUGAAGCUGACCACCGCCGACGACACCAUCCGCGCCGCCACCGGCCUGCUCGACCGCCUCGCCGACGAGUACCACGCCUGGCAGCGAGACCUGGAACAUAUUUCGAAAGAAAUAACUGAACUAAAUCCACGAUCAUUACUGGCUGCUGCCUAUAUUGUGUACUUGCCACAUAUGACAGAACCACAAGCCAGGGAUUACAUCAAUAAAUGGAGCGCUCUCAUCGGGUUUGAUGAUCCUACAUUUUCUGUUCCAAACUUUUUGUCAACGACUGAAAAACAACUUAAAUGGGAAGCGGAGGGGUUGCCGUCGGAUAUGUCCGCUGUCAAAAAUGCAAUCUUGAUCGAUGAAAUUCUAGAAGGUCAUAAUUGUGGGUUUACGCCACUGAUCGUUGACCCUGAUGGCGAUGCGCUCGCAUGGUUGAAGAACACUUUGGCCGAUACUUCUUGCGAGUUUGUAUCGCAAAAUAGCGAUAAACUACAAACUGCGGUCCAGUAUGCAGUCAGGUGGUGUUAGUGUGAUGGUGGUGCGCGCGUGGUGACGGAGGCGGAGCGGUGGUCGCGCGCGUGGGCGGCGGCGGCGGCGGCGGCGGCGGCGGGCCGCGCGCGGCUGGUGCUGGUGUCGCGCGCGACGGCCGCGCCCCGCAUGCCGCCGCGCGUCGCCGCAACGCUCUCCGUACUACACUUCGCCGCGCGCCUACACCCCCUCACCGAUCGAUUAGUUUACUACGCGUUACAGCAGCAAAAUCCUGAAGUAACUGAAAAAUCUAAAGAAAUCAAGGUGACCAAAGCUGUUUUGCAGAAGCAGCAACACGAACUACAGGAAAAUCUACUACGCGAGCUGUCCACGAAGAGCGAUAUCUUACACGACGCCAAUUUGCUGGCGUCGCUGAACGAGACGCGGUCGACGAGCGGCACGAUCGCGGCGGCGUUACAGGCGGCGCGCGACCACGAGGCGACGUCGCGUGACGCGUGCCGCGCGUUCGAGCGGAGCGCCCGCCGCGUGGCGCUGCUGGCACUCGCCGUCCGGCGGCUGGCCGCGCGCCGCCCACUGCUCGCGCUGCCGCUCGACGACGCGCUUCGUCUCUAUGCAGACGCGCUGCGCACUCGACCGGAUCCGAAGAACAUUAAUGACGAUGAAGUCAUCAAAUUUGUAACGAAAAAAAUCAUAGAGAGAGUGUCGCUGGCCGUGCACAAGAAAGACAAAUAUAUUGUGAUACUGUAUCUUCUAAAAGAAGUGUACGAUGAAGAAAUACCUCAUAAGUUAUGGCAAGUAUUUAUUGGAAAUUUUGUUAUUGAAGAUCAAGCUACUAUUGAUGAGAUCAAAAGGAAUCAUUCAUGGAUACCUAAAGAACACGUGGACAAAAUCGCACAGUUAAAGGCAACAUGUGAAGAAUUGUUUAACAAAUUGAACCUGAAAGAUGAGUCCCUUUGGCGGGAAUAUUUGCGUUCGGGCGAUCCGUCCACGAUAGCUCGUCUGCAACUUACGCCAUUCGAAACAGCUGUUGCAGUGUCUGCCCUGAGGCCCGAGUCACUUUAUAGAGCUAUAGUUGCAGUAGUCGACCACUUCCUAGGAAUUGGUGCAAUAAACGUAGAUCCCAUAUCGGCGGUGGUACGAGCGAAACGCGGAAUAGCGCGACCAGCACUAGUGUUGGGCACGCAUAUAACAGACAUGCUCGCUGCACGCGCGCAGGAUUUAGUUCAGGUGGGCGUGGAGGAGGGCCGCGCGGCGUGGGAGGCGGGCGUGCGGCGCGCGCGGCGCGGCGGCUGGCUGGCGCUGCUCGUCGGCGCCUCGCCCGUCCCGCCGGACCUACAACUGUUCAUCGACGACUUCCUGCACCGCCCGGCUGAGGAAUUCAGCGAUGAGUUCCGGUUAUGGAUAAUCACCGAGGAGCGUGAUAUACCGCCACUCAUAUCUAAUGCUUGCAUAAAUGUUAUUCUCGAGGCGCCGGCGGGCGUGAAGCACAACGUGCUGGGCACGCUGGCCGCGUGGGCGCAGUACGCGGGCCCGCCCCGCGCCGUGCGACUGCACGCGCUGCUUGCGUUCUUCCAUGCGCUCGCGCAGGAACGCCGCGCCUACAUCCCGCAAGGUUGGAGCCGGUGGUACGCGUGGGGGUGGGGCGAGGUGCGCGCGUGCGCGGAGGCGGCGGCGCGCGGGGCGGAGGCGGCGGCGCGCGCGCUGUGCGGCGCGCUGUACGCGGCGCGCGUGCCGGCCGCCGCCGCGCCCGACCGCGCGCUGCUGGCCGCGCUGCUGCGCACGUGCCUCGCCGACCGCGCCUUCGCGCACCACUACCGCCCGCGGGACGCCGCCGUCGUGCUACCCAGCGCUGGAACCCUACAGGCGUACGUGCCGGCAUUCGAAGCGUUGCCCGACAUCGACACACCGCAAUUGCUCGGACUGCCUGCUAACUGCGGCAUCGCUUGGGAAAAUAAAGCCGCCACCGAUAUUAUAGCUGGACUUAAAGAACUCAGUACAACAGACAGCACUAGUCGAGAGAGCACCGAAGAUGUAUCGUCAUUGAAAACUUUGUUGUCACUUUGGAAGAAAUCUAUGGCUGGUAAUCCACUUCUAAAAGGAGACUAUAUCGAGGAAACUAGUUCGAGCGAGCAGCACGAGGGCGCGCGGUGGUGGCGCAGUGCUGCGGCGGCGGAGGCGCGAGAUGCGGCCCGCGCGGUUGUAGCGCUGCACGCGCUGCUCUCGCGAGCUCGCGGCCGCGCCCGCGGCUACCACCAGGUGAGUGCGAGUGUGGCGCUGCACGCGCUGCUCUCGCGAGCUCGCGGCCGCGGCCGCGGCUACCACCAGGUGAGUGCGAGUGUGGCGCUGCACGCGCUGCUCCCGCGGCUACCACCAGGUGAGUGCGAGUGUGGCGCUGCACGCGCUGCUCUCGCGAGCUCGCGGCCGCGGCCGCGGCUACCACCAGGUGAGUGCGAGUGUGGCGCUGCACGCGCUGCUCUCGCGGCUACCACCAGUGCGAGUGUGGCGCUGCACGCGCUGCUCUCGCGAGCUCGCGGCCGCGGCCGCGGCUACCACCAGGUGAGUGCGAGUGUGGCGCUGCACGCGCUGCUCUCGCGGCUACCACCAGGUGAGUGCGAGUGUGGCGCUGCACGCGCUGCUCUCGCGAGCUCGCGGCCGCGGCCGCGGCUACCACCAGUGCGAGUGUGGCGCUGCACGCGCUGCUCCCGCGGCUACCACCAGGUGAGUGCGAGUGUGGCGCUGCACGCGCUGCUCUCGCGAGCUCGCGGCCGCGCCCGCGGCUACCACCAGGUGCCGGAGGAGUGGCAGGCGGUAUGGGCGGGUCCUGAGGUGCCUGCACAGUAUCUCCGCGAAUUGAGCACGCGUGCUCGAGCUGCCGCCGCGCGCGUUGGUGUCGGCACGGGUGCAAGCGGAGAGACGGACCUGCGCACGUGGAUGCAGCCGGCGCGGGUGCUGAGCGCGGCGCGCGCGCAGGCUGCCUGCUGCCUGCAGUGUGCACCACAUGACCUCGAACUCGCUACCAUUUGGCAGCCGACUGCAGAGGAAAGCCGGCGCGUAGAGGGCGUGGUGGUGACGGGUCUGCGGCUGAGCGGUGCGGAGUGGGGCGCGGGGGCGCUGCAGGCAGCGGGCGCGCGUUCUCCGGCGCACGCGGCCGCGCCGCCGCUGCUGCUGUACUACGUGCCACAGGAGACGGGUGUGUCGCGGAUGACAUCCACACGCGCUGCUGAUGCGGAUAUGGGGGAGACAGUGCUGGAGGUGCCCGUGUACAACAACGAGGCUCGGGAAGACCUCGUGUUCACAGUGCAGGCGCCGCUCGCGCGUACUUACAACUAUGACGAAGCGACACUCAACGCGGUCGCACUGUUCAUCGCGCCAGUCGAUUAAUAACCACUUUAAGUAUAGUUUCAUAUUAUUUUUAAUUUUAACAUUAAAA